UGAAAUGUAGUUGGGACUUCUCGAACGUUAGUAUUUUCCCCUGCCAGAAGGAGUGAAAGGAAUCCUUCUGUGUGCUUGCAUUAUGGAAGUUAGCUCUCAAUCCAGCAGUCAACAGGUUCUGUGGAAAGAUGUUGAGGUGGGGAAAGAGAAGAAAGCCAGGUACCGCAGUUACCAGCGAGGGGCGCUGAUCCUGGGACUGAUUUUCCUGAUUUUGACCCUUGGUAUUUUCACCCUGAGGUAUCUUUGGACCCCGAAUCAGGGGAAGGUGUAUGACCAUCAGUACAAGGCGAUGUUGGAUGGGAUGGAGAUAGACAGUGUCAUGGAGAUUGACCCCAGCCAGCGCAUUGAGAUCUUCAGGAUGGGCAACGGCAGUGAAGAGGUGCUUGAGGUGCAUGACUUCAAAAAUGGAAUCACUGGGAUCCGGUUUGCCCAACAUCAGAGGUGCUACAUCAAGACCCAAACCAGGAAACUUCCUACAGUGACUGAGGUGGAGACUGAGGACACAGAGUUUCUGAUGGGUGACACAGAGGGCAUGGAUGUGAGGGUGGAGGACUCCCAGGUGUGGGUGCCUGCAGAGGAGCCUAUUGCAAGCACAACCUUCCUCCUCAAUUCCAGGAUUUGGGAGAUCUGCCAAGAGCUGCCUAUCCACUGGAUCCAUCCAGCCCCCUUGAGAGAUGCUGAGAUGCAGGAGGGGGAGGAAUGGGAGGCCACAUCUGAUACCCAGGUCACAGGAAAGCGCUCCACUCGCGACGUCAUGGACCAGCUUCCCGUGAAUGACUAUAGAGACAUUGGGCUUGAACUGGAUAAUCGCCUGGAUGAACAAGGCUAUUGCUGCCAGUACUGUCGCCAUGGUAACCGCGUCUGUCGCCGCUACCACGAACCCCUGGGAGGUUUCAACCCAUGGCCAUAUUACUACCAAGGGGGGCGAGUCAUCUGUCAAAUCGUCAUGCCCUGCAACUGGUGGAUCGCCCGUAUGCUGGGGAGGAUCUAAGCUAACCACAAGUUGGGAUGUUUGCUGUCUGGGUUCAACAAUGUUUAUGCCGUUGUUGAUGCAAUUUUCCCUGCAAUCAAUAUUUCCAGACCACUUGUGAUGCCAAAGCAACCCAUUGCACACAAUCAUCAUCCCAUCUGAAAACAGGCUCACUUGUGGUUAGUCUGCUUUGAUAGUCCAAAUGGAGAUUGUUGCAUACUAAUUAUUUCAUAAAAGGUAUUGGAUGUGUCAAAAUGUCUUAUGUGGAAUGCUUAUCUAGCCAGUUAAUCUAGUUUGUACUCUGACCACUGGAUGCAAUUUAGUUUCUAGCAGUUAUUGAUAAAUCUUUGGAAGAGAAAUACAUCAGUACUGUUUUUCAACACUGCUGUGUUUUCAUGUUUUUCUGCCAAGGCUGAAAAUUGGAACAGUUGGUUUAGCUUUUUUGUAGUGAAUGAAUUUCGAACCUGUGUGUCAACACCUCAGUCCCCUUUCUACCAUCUGUUUAGAACGUAUCGCAUACAUACAGUAGAUAUUAUAGACAUUUUGAAAAAAUACACGUUUCUUCUUUGUUUUGAUAUCAGGUUAAGUAGUGUUAUCAUUAAAGAUU